CAAGAGUGGCGUUACGAUAGCAACAUGGAGAUAUAAACCUUAUUUGGUCCUCCUCGGCCUCUCGAGGAUUCAUUUCACCCUUCCACAGAUUGGGCUUGGCAGAAUUUUGUCCCAGCAACGGGUACUGGACACAAGUGAUAGCUUUCCCGCGCUUCAUUGCGCGUCGCCCUCACUCAAUAUAAUGGGCUAAAAAUUCCUCUCAAAACGCACACAACUCAACAGCGGAUAGCGAAUCUCAACUCGACAACUCGACACGAUUGGAUCACGAUCACCCUUCAUUCAACGACGCCAUGACUCGACAUCGUCCAGGAGAUCUGCGUAAUCGCGUGGUAGACUUCCUUGAAGAGGAUCGCGAAGAAGCUCGUCAAGAAUCUCCAGAGGAAGCACCCCGAGUCCGAGGAGCCAGCCAUGCCCUAGGGGAGUCACGAAAGGGGCCUAAGCGCGUGUAUCGUCUCAAGAACGGUCUUGUCUCACUAAACAAGACUCCAACGGACCUGGUACCAGUUGUGCGGAACAACAGCGUAUCGCCAUUACUACAACUUCCGGCAGAGAUACGCAUUCAGAUCUGGGAGCACAUCCUCGGUGGAAUGCGCAUCCUUAUUUCGACCUUUACGGGCGCCUAUUUCCGCCCAGAAUACUCAGACAACCCUCUACACACUAGAUUGACCACUGACCACCUCGCGCUCCUCCGUGUGUGCCGACAGAUCUAUAAUGAGACAGCAACGCUCACCUUCAGCACCAAUCGCUUCUGCUUCGUUGGCCGGUCAGCUUUCGAAGAAUUCUUGAAGAGCACGAAACCCGCCCAGCGCGAUGCUCUCAGGCGGAUGGUUGUGGAUAGGCCGUUGAUGCUGUUUUAUAUCCACCCCAAGAAUAAGCGUCCGAGGAUAGUUGCAGAUCCUUGCGAACCAUUUCCUAAUCUCAAGACCAUAAUCAUCGAGCAUUGGUCUUUGGAGGAUAGAGAAGAUAGGGUUGCGCAGCUCAUGAAGAUGGUAGAGGAUGUGGGCAGUGCUCGCGGUCUGGAGGUCAAGAUGCUACCGUAAGUGCAUUGGCAUGGCGGGACAUCCUUGAAUAGUCUGACAAUGCCCAAGGGUCAGGCAAAGGAGGGUUAUGAGCGUACAUGUGGAUGUAGCGAGGAUACAGGAAGGUUCUCGGAAGCACCCAAGCCCAUUGAAUAACGAGGUGGACAC